AACCUGAACCUUUUCCUUCCGUCCCCAACGCCAGCGACGCCGACAGCAAGCCCACCGACCACCCUCCCGUCAACACCGUUUUCCCGACGUUCUCAUCCUCGCCGAUUAUUCAAGAUGACUCACGAGUCUGUGUGGUACAGCCGUCCUCGCAAGUACGGCAAGGGUUCCCGUCAAUGCCGUGUCUGCGCUCACCGCGCCGGUCUGAUCCGCAAGUACGGGAUGGACAUCUGCCGUCAGUGCUUCCGUGAGAAGGCCUCCGACAUUGGUUUCUUCAAGUUCCGAUAAAUCAAUCACCAACUUUCUCCCGUCAUGACGAUUCCGUAUCGUGUCCGUACCGGUACCGGUGCCAUCUCAGCCCGUCAAUAGACUAUGCUACUUGGAGGAAGUCGAAUCCCAUUUCAUUCCGAAACACGUACCCGCUUUGCCUGAAGACUAAAAUUCCGACGGGCGCGACAUGAAAGGGCAGGACUAUUGAACACAGGCACGCGAUACGGAAUUAGGACUUGGUUGGGGGCGAUGGAAUGAAAAAAAAUGUGAAAGAAAUUACGGAUACUUAGAAAAAGGAUCGGUCGACUCUUCUUUUUUUUAUGACGAACUGAGCCUUGCGCGGGCGGACGUUUGCGCGUCGUCGGUGUUGACAGACAAUAUCAACUUCUCAAUUCAUGGGUGUUUUUCUAUC